GUGAUAUUCAACGCAAGAGAAUUGGUUAUCUUCAAAUAAUCUAUUGAGACUAUUGAAUAUUUAUGAAAUCAGACAAUUUUAAUCAUACUAGUCAAUCAUCUAAAGUUAGUUUCUGGUGGAAACCUCGCAUUGGUUCUAAUUAAAUAACUUUUAAAAAUUGAGAAACGCGGUGUUGAGUUACUUUAAGAAGACAAUGGAAUUACAUUCAAAUAACUCACAACAGAAACGUGUAGCAAAGAAAAUUGAUUUUAAAGAUUUAGAUUUACUGCUGCAGCAAUGCUUUAACAACAGAGAUCUACUAGCCGUUGAUUACACAGCAUCAAAAUUGUUACCUGCUGGUGAGAAUUAUGGUAGCAUUAUGGUAAAGAUCGAUGCAAAGAUACGUAAAAAUCCAAAUGCAAAAGAAGAAAUGUUACAUUUAGUAGGCAAGACACCAAGUUGCACCGACAAAACUAUAGUAGAAUGGCCAUUGGUUUUUCAGAAAGAACUUUUUAUGUAUGCAGAAUUAUUUCCUUUAUACAGAGAACUUGAGAAGGAGGUUAAUGUGGAGGACUGUGAUUUAAUCAAUGUCUUGCCAAAUUUUGUUGGAUAUAGAAAGUCGCUUGAAAACAGCGCCAAUAUUGACGAAAAUUCAGUACUUCUGAUGGAAAAUUUGAAAGUCAAAGGAUUCUAUACUGCAGAUAAACGCACUGGUAUGGAUGUUCACCACGCUCGCAAAGCACUAACAUCUCUUGCAAGAUAUCACGCUUUAGGCAUUGCCAUGAAAGAAAAACGUCCAUCCUUUGCCAAAAAAGCCAUAAAUCAGGCAGGCAUACUAGGCAUUGAUUUUGCACAGCUAGAUAAUGCUUACACAAGUACAUGCGAAAUACUGAUGAAAAUACCGCGUUUAAAAAAAUACUCAGCGAUCAUUGAAUCGAGUUUUGAAAAAGCCAAAGAUGGAGGGUCAUGGAAAGUAAAUCCUAUAGAGCCAUGGGUAACGAUAACUCACGGCGAUUUUUGGACAAAUAAUAUGCUUUUUCAUAUGGAUGACAACGGAAAAGUAGACGAUGUUAAAUUUGUCGACUUUCAAACGUACAUCUACAAUAGUCCUGUAAAGGACCUAGUUCGCUUACUUGGUUCUAGUGUUGAUGUGGAAGCGCAAUCUUGCCAUUUGGAAGAGCUUCUAAGUCUUUACUAUAAAGCCUUUGUGAAGUCGUUGAAACGCAUGGAUUGUGAUAUAUCGCCUUUCACUAGAGAAAGUUUUGAUCGUGAGGUCAAGAGACAGGCAUUCAGUGAAUUUCCAGUUUCCGUUAUAUCACAAAAAUUCUUUCUUUCAGAAAUUCUUGACGACAACAAAAGCAACGAGGAAAAUAUUAACAAUAUCGUUAACGAUAAACCGAGCGCUGCUUUUAUUGAUAAAAUGUUGUGGCUAGUAGAGGUCUAUGAAAGAAUGAAGUGGUUUUAGUAGAAAAAUUAAAAUGAUAGUUUGUAUAGUUAUUAAAAAAUAAAAGUUUUUUAAAUAUUGGUAAUGGUAAAUAAUGCGGAUUAUUAAUGCUGAUAGUUACAAUUAAAAAAAUUAAUUACUCAAUGAUCAAGUGUAAUACAAAAAAUUAUUAAAAAGUUACAGUGAGAUAUGAUUUGCGAUCAAUAUUGAAUGAUUAAUUCUCCAAGCAAUAAUAUUGCUUAUCAAAAAUAGCCAAGUUUUUUCACAACCAACGAUCAACAUAAUCUAUUAACUAGAUAUUUUUAAAUUUCAUAUAAAAUAUAUUUUUAACUAUAAUAAAUUCGAUCUUCCGGGGAUGCAUAAUUAUCCUUAAAACGUUCACUAACUGUAAUUUGAAAAUAAUAUGAUAAAAAUAAUGUUAAUGCGUUCCGAUGAUAUUUAUUCCGUGGACUUAUAUAACUUUAUUGAAUCAAUAUGGUAUGACGGUUAAUUAAGUUUGCAUCUCUUCGAUAUCGUUAAAUGUAAAGUCGUAUAAAUUUGUCUACAAAGUUGAUUCGACAGAUGUCGCACGUGCAAACGCAAACAUGUGCAAUGAGCUAAUGAAACGUCGAAUACCCUUUUAUAAGAGUCAUCGCUUGUCUAGGAUAUAGCUUUACCAAUCCAAGUUAAUUUCGUUACAUCUGCGUUAAACCUAUUGUCAUUUUGUCCCCAAACUUAUAUGAAAAUAAAAUGCUAUUUAGAAAAACUAUGACGCCGUUUUUGUGAUGACGAUUGCAUGUUAUUAUUAACUAAAUUAAGAAGCUUUAAAUCAUAUUUUAAAAUAGAAUAAAAAAAGUAUUGUUCUACAUUUUUCGUAAUACAAAAAAUAUUUGUCGGAAAGGAUAUCUUGGUUACAAAUGUAAACGCAUAUAAAUUCACACAGCACAUAUAACGACGAAACAUAAUCGUAAAUCAGAGUGAUGCAGGCGCGACAUUGGAAAUACAUUUGUGUUACAUGGAAGAUAGAAGUCAACUGUAGUCAUAAUCAACAACGUAAAUUGAAAAACCACCUUCCUAGGGGCAUCGUUUCGCCACUUUUCUUACCCUACAUUCUGUUCUUGUUUUCUUUACAGACUUCGUCAAUUCCAGCGUCAAUUACCUCAACUGAUCAAGUGGCUUUCUCGGUAGAAACUAUAUUUGUGGUCACAUUUACUGACUGUUGAACGUGACUUUUUUCUUCCAAUUACUGUCACUACUCGUGUAUCAACAAACUUUAGUGGAUAGAUCAGUACAGUCAUACUAACUGAACAAGGAUCGUCGUCUACUUAAACUUGAUAAAACUCGUUAAAUAUGUUAUAUUUUCAAAAUUUUACCAAAUAUAUCACUUUACGAUCUUGGUGAUAAAAGAAUUAUUCAAUUCUUACAAUUUUAUCAUAGAAAUUAAAAUAUCCAUAACGCAAAAUCUGACUGUAGAAGACGCAAAGUUAUUAAUUAAAUUAAGUUUCUUGCUUGAAAAUCCUAAAAAUAAUUUAUAUGCCAAGAACAUAUUAAAUGUUGACUUUCCGUAUUAUAUACUUUUUUUUAUUCUUAAAAUAUCGAUUGUUCUCCUAUGCAAAUGAUAUUAUGGAUUUAUUAUAAAAAUUGAGACAGAAAUGCACCACAAUGAAAGCUUCCUCGGAGUAACAUGGACAGUGUACGCUCUAAAAAGUGUAGAAGAAUACAGUAAGAUUAUACGCCAGUCUCAAAAGGAUCGCCGUUAUA